AUGGAUUUUGAGUCAACGAGCCAAAGUGAAGAAAGUGAAAAAGAAAACCGAAACUUCAGCUUCACUGGCGAAAAACGAUCGCAAAGCAGCGGCUCUGGAGACAGUCAAAGAGGUCAACUGACUUCGAUGCUGGAAUCAACGUCAAUGUCUCACUUCACCCCAAAAGUGCCGCGUCAACGUCGCGGCGAACACUUGAGCAGCCACGUGAGCUCCAAUAGACUUGAAAAUCUACGAGUUGUAGAAUCGACUAUUUCCGGAAUGGCUUUACCGAAAGACGAUGCAAACGACGAGCAAGACGAAGAAAUAGAAAAUGAUCGAGCAGAAAAGGGAGAUAAAAAGUACCUCGAGAACAUUCGUCAAACGAACUUACCAGACACUUCUUUCGACGACAUCACCGGACAAGACGAAGCUAAAGUAGCUCUUAUACAGUCAGUGAUUUUGCCUAUCAAACAGCCUCAACUCUUCCACGGACUGAAGCAAUGGCGAAGAAUUCUGCUUUACGGACCUCCUGGAACGGGGAAAACAUCGCUUGUCAAAUGCACGGCUAGUGCAGCGAAUGCACCGUUCUAUUCAGUCACAUGCUCGACUCUACUCUCACCAUAUCUCGGCGAGUCCGAAAGCCGUGUUCGUGAAAUUUUCGCCGAUGCUCGAGCCAAUUCCACAAAAAAUCGCCCAGCAAUCAUCUUCAUCGACGAAGUAGACUCUGUAACGCGAACCCGAACCGCUCACGAAGAUGAAUCCACCCGUCGAUUGAAAUCCGAGCUUCUUCUUCAACUCGAAGGCGACUUUUCCGGCAAGAGCGUGGAGCCAUUCGUCAUUGCUUGCUCCAACUGCCCAUGGGAUCUUGAUCCAGCGUUUAUAAGGCGAUUUUCGCGACGGAUUCUGGUUGAUUUGCCUUCAAUGGACGAUUGCUGUAGAAUUCUAAAGAAGAAACUGGACAAAGCAGACGUGGAAUUCGCUGAACGGCACUGGAUGGCGAUUCGAGACAAGUUCUAUCUUUAUUCUGGAUCAGAUAUCGAUAAUCUUGCCACAGCAACCCUUAUGCGCCGAAUAGACGAAGUAAUUCUUUGCGAAAACUGGGACAUCCACUCCGACGGUCGAGUAACUCCAAGUUCGAAUUUUUCCGCACUCGUCGGGACGCAAAGCUUCAUCUCAAAAUGGGCAGACAUUCCCAACGGAUCGAUCAUUCCGCGGAAGGUGAAAAUCGACGACUUGCACUACGCGCUGUCUGUAAUCAAACCGAGCAUUUCUGAAACUGCCUACAAAAAGUUCACUGAAUACGAAAAAUAA